GCCAGACCCUCAAUGUCAGAAAUUGAGCUCUCCAAGGUUUGGCGAAGAUGAUCAGAUUGAAGGAGUAAGAACUAGGAAAGGACUGGAAUCCAGAUUUGCUAUCAUGAUAACGUUUAACUCAUACUGGAAGUCGCUGAACGCAGGAGUUUUCCGCACUCGAGUGAAUGAAGAGCAACGGGAGGGAAGAUUGAUGAGAGGAAGGAUUGAGAGGAGGAAAAGAAGCACGGCAGACGAACAAAGGAUUGGCCGUCUACGCGGGAUAGCUGCCCAGUUCGCAGAUCCGAUAAUUGUUCCUGUCUGUAUCAGGGGUAGAAGUGGUCCAGGUCCCCGUAAUCCAUCAAGACAAGAUGGGGCUGAGCUGGCGGACGGGAGGGUACCAGCGAAAUUUGCGAGCUAGAUACGCACUUGCGCCGGUCACAUUUGAAGACCGUGGCUCCGCGAUAGCUGUCUACCUAGUCCAACGGCGCGGUCUGGCGCGCUUAUGGCCUUAUAGGCUUAUACAGGCU